AUGAGCAGACCAAUCCUCCCCUUUCCACCGCCGCACCGAGGCAGCCAGCAGCCCUUCCGUCUGUCGCCUCCUGACCCUCCUCCGCCGCCGCCGCCUCCGCCGCCGCCGCCUCCGCCGCCGCCGCCGCCCAGCAAGCCGACGUACGCGAAGAGAGGCCGCAUCACCAUAGUCGCCUGCCUGCCCUGCCGGAGACGGAAAACCAAGUGCGACGGCAAGCGGCCCGCCUGCUCGCAAUGCCGCGGCCGCGACGGCCAGUGCCAGUAUGACAUGACCGAUGAGCAGCGCCGGCUGACGUAUCUCCGCGAAAACGUCGAGCACCUCGAGCGCGAGAAGAGCGAGCUGGAGUCGUUGCUGCUGACGCUGCAGCGCGCCAGCGAGAGCGACGUCGCAGAAGUGAUGCGAGCAUUACAUACGAACGUCCCGACGGCCCUGCGCUCUCCGCCGCAGCUCGAACAAUACCAGGGCCUCGUGCGCGCCAUUGCGUCUGCCCAGCCUCCGGAGCUCAGUGAGAUUGUGCGCCGCCUCCGCGCUGGCCACGAGCCCGCCUCCAUCCUGGCGUCUGUCGGCUCCGAUACCCUUGUCCAGGCUCUUUCCUGCGAGCCUGAGAGCACCCCGGGGAUGGAGGCCGAGUUUUCUGGCCGAGAGCAGUUCGGGCUCGUCAAGGGGGCCGGCCCCAGCGGCCCGCAAGACGGGCGGAGACCUCUAGACGCGCUGAAUUCGCCGGUAAAUCGCUGGACUGCCGUGACCCAAGACCAUGACUGGAUAGAGCACCUGCUUUCCCUUUACUUCUCCUGGCAGCACCAGUUCUUCCAGAACUUCCCGGAGCAGCCGUUCAGAGCGGAUAUGGCCUCCGGGCGGACCAAUUAUUGCUCGGAGCUGCUUGUUAAUGCAUUGUGUGCCGCAGGAUGUCUCUUCUCCAGCAGUCGACGGGCCCGGCGUGACCAGGAUGAUCCUGGCACGGCCGGUCUGGACUUUUAUGAGGAGGCAGUCAGGCUGUUGAACGAAGAACAGGCGUCAACGCUGACAACGACUGCUGCCCUAUCAAUUCUAUGCCACAUCGAGGGCAAUUUCACCCGCCUCAGCUCGCAGUGGCAGUACAGCGGCCGCAGCUCUCGGAUGGCUCUUGAUCUGAACCUUCAUUUGCGUAGCGAAAUAGCCCCAAAGGAUCUGCAGAGUGCCGAGGUCAUCGAGAACAAUGCCUGCGCCCAUGUCUUCUGGGGUUGCUUCAUCACAGAUCAAGUCACCAGUUUCACGCUUGGACGAAUACCCUUGAUACCAAACAACGCCAUCACAGUAGAUAUUCCGCCGGUGGACCCUGCUAAAGACGAAGCUGAGUGGAUCGCACAUGGUCAAGUGAACCAGCCGAGGAAGAGUCUAGGGUCAACUACCUUUCGCCAGGUUAUCAGCCUUUCCAAAAUAGUCAACUCCACUCUUCAAAUGUUCUUCGCUCCUUCGAGAACGAUAAGCGGAAGCUUAUUGUUAGAGGAAUACAACAAAUACAUCCAAUGGUUUGCCAAGCUGCCUGCCACAGUACAGUCUGUGGAAAAUGCGCCGCCACAUGUCAUAAGCUUGCAGAUGUACUACCAUGCUGCGAUCCUCCUCCUCUUCCGACCGUUUCUGAAGGCCAGAUUCACCGAAUCCAAUGUUUCUCCACGGGAAGUGUGUCGACAGUCGGCCAAUACAAUCUCGUACCUCUUCGAAAAACACCGACAGCUGUUCGGCCUGGAUGGUAUUUUCACCUUCCAACUUCACUGCCUGCUGACCGCAUGCACCAUCCACAUCAUCAAGUUGCCUUCGAUAUCUGCAACAAGCCAUCUGGCCGCUGCAUGCAAUAGCUUCCAGGACCUGGUCAAGCACAACCAAUGGGCAACCAGCAGCCUCGACAUCAUCCGCAGUCUCGUCCAAAAAUGGAAAAUCGUCCUCCCGUUGGAAGUUGAGCAUGCACUCUACCGCGACCAAAGCAUACUACCAGCCCUCUCUGAAAGCACAUCCAUCGAAACAAACAACCCAUCGGAUGCGGACUUAAACACACAAGGUGGCGCUAACCUCGUCGAUCGCGGUCGCACCCCGAUAUCCACCCUGCCCUCGUCUCGUCCGGAGAAACGCGAGGCGCGCUUCCCCAGUCCACCUGCCGGAUCACAUAUCCUGCCGAAACGUCAACGCCUUGCUGCGCCGCACUUCCACGACUGCGAGAAUUCCACUCAAAGCCCGAUCAAAGACACGUUCAGCAGCAACCAGCAGCCGCUCUCCACCACGGGCGCCCCAGCAGCGGCGAUAAUGUCGACAGUCAAUUCCAGCACAACCGCGACCCACCAACAGAGGAUGAUGCGUCACAACGGCUGGGAAGACGAGGACGGGACGGACCGAAGAGACACAUGGACCGAAGAGUUGCGUAGGGUAAGUCAGGGUUUCGACGGGUUGAACUUUGUGGCAGAUGAUGGGUUCGAUCCAUUCAUGGGAUAUCAAGGUGAUCGAUUUUGA